AUGUCUCAAACCCAGCAAUCUGCCUUCUCCUCAUCGAUCUACGAUAGUGAUUUCGACAAUUAUACUCACAAUCAUCCUUUUAUAUCUGAUCUAUCUGAGAGUCAGGAAACAUUACCUUCAUUCGAAACGGACUUCCUCCGACCGUCCCUACCUCCAUCAAUCCCUUCAACAUUCACACGUGUUGGCCCUGGUCGUAAGAAGGUCUAUUUUCUCUAUGACGAAAUGCUCCAUAACGACUGGGUAAGUUGGUGGCUAGAGACAGGCUUCGGUAAGAAACAACAUAUAUCCUGGGACGCGAAACAUCAGUCUAGUACCUGGGACACAUUUCACCAGGUCGCCCAUAGCUCUGAUGGUACUGCAAAGGUUAUGUGCAAGCGCUGUGGACAGAUUCUUGAGCACCCAAACUUUGUCCGUGAGACAAAAGAUGGGAAGAAACAGCGUCAAGGAACCUCAACUAUGAAAGGCCACCUUUCUAGCGCAGGGUGUAUAAAAGCUACCCAAGGUCAAGGGACAGAUAUCACUCGAUUUUUACAGCUCAAGAAUACGCCGAUCGCCAAUGAAUUCAGUCAAGAGAUAUGGGAACAAGAGCUUCUUACAUUUCUUACGGUCGCGCGUCUUCCCUUUCGGCUGAUCGAGCAUCCUAAGUUUCAUCGCUUAAUCCAGAUAGCCCAAUCUGCACCGAGGGGGGAGGAAUAUCGCGCCUAG